AUGGCAUGGUGCAAGCCGGCCCUGGGUUUGAGUGUGCUACUGCCACCAGCUUGGGCCUACUACCAGACAACUGCCCAGAAUUGCCGGCGGAUAGACCACAUCUAUGCAUCUGGUCAGGAGCUAUGUGAGAAGAUGUGGGGCACGGCCUUCCGGUACGAGCCGAAUGAGACUCACGGCUACACCAUGUGGUUCUUCGAUUCUGAGAACCCCAACGACCUGACCUCGGCAGAGUUGGGACGGAGCAAGGCUGAGUUCUGUCACCUUCAUCAGCACAAGGAUGAACCCGGGCCAGAGCCUACGAUGGUGUCAGAAUGUCACCCAUGGAGAUUCAACUCCUGCUGUCGCCGGGAGAUGGUAUCAUCACUGGAUGCUUUGAAGGCAAGCUUUGGAAAUCUAUUCCAUUGGGAUCGGUGCGGCCCACUGUCGCAAGAGUGCGAGCGCUUCUUCGUUCAAGAGGCGUGUUUUUAUGAAUGUGAUCCCAAUGUGGCUUUCUAUCGCAGCCUUGGCUGGGAAGUGGCUGUGACAGGUUUGAACAGGUGCGAAUUGGUGUGA